AUGACAACAGCUUGCAACCUGUAAAUUAAAGGUUUUGUUAGUUUGCGGUGUUUUACUAUGCGAAACAAACUCAGACGGGUCAAAACCGUCAAGGACUCACGACACCAGCGCAAAGACCAGGCACAAACUGCCCGGGUGAUAGUUUUAUCAGAGUCCAGCUGCUCUGAAGAUGAAAUCUUGCUGGAUGCAAAAGACAAAAAUGGCUCAAAUUCAGCACCAGGCCUUUCCGAAAUUCAUAUUCAACGAGUGCAAGAAACGAAGAAGACCUUGUGCGCAAAAGGCGCUAAAAUUGCACCGAUUUUCUUACAGCACAGAAAGCGCAGCAGCGAUGGGGAGCUGGGUCAGCGUUUAAGAAGGAUGCAGAAAUCUGAGCUCCCUCCUCAAAGCGAUAACGCGCAACCAGUGAAAAGUCCACCUUCAGUUUCUCAAGUGACGGUAAAAGACAGGUGUAGCGGACAGCUGUCACCCUCAACUCUGCACAGCUGCCUGGAAGAAAUCCAGACUUCUAAUCCAGCAUUUCCAGUCCGAGCUGUGAUCAACUCUUUGCAGAAGAAGACAAGUGAAGGGCUGCAGGAGCAUGCACUCACAGAGAAGAGAAAACGGAUAACUGAACUCUCACAGAGCGUACCAAAGCGUCUGAGGUCUAGUCUCCCUGCAGAGAGUGCUGCAGGAAUGGGUCACCUGUCAGAUCAGGGUGUCCUGGGAAGCAGUGUCCACCCUGUAGAAGAGCAGCCCCGGUGCAGCAAGCUGAGUCGCACUCACAGACUGAAGCAACGAAGCGGGAGCCAAGCAGGCCUCAAUGAGCCAAAUAUACUCAAAAGCUCUGAUACUGUUCAAAGAGAUUUCUGUUUUGAGGAUACACUGUGGACCGAUAAGUACAGUCCUCAGCGUUCGGGUGAGGUCAUUGGUAAUCCUGCAUCUGUGAAUAAACUGUACAGUUGGUUAAGGAAAUGGAAACUAAGAGCUGACUGUGACAAAAGGAGAAAAAUGGAGGAAAAGAAGCAAGAGGAAAACAGUAAUGACUCAUGGGACUGCGGAGACUUCCAGGGUGAGGCUGGAUCAGAUGAUGGCAGAGAAAAGCCACUGGGUAAUGCCAUGCUGAUUACAGGACCGUCAGGUGUGGGCAAGACUGCUUCGGUGUACGCCUGUGCUCAGGAGCUCGGCUUCAAGGUGUUUGAGGUGAAUUGCUCCUCACAGCGCAGCGGCCGCCAUGUUCUGUCCCAGCUAAGGGAGGUCACCCAGUCACACCUAGUGGACACAAUGGGGAAAGACCCACUGAAACCAGCUUACUUCAGCAGCUUCAGCACCAGCAUCUGCUCUUCCAAAUCUGGGAUUUUACCUGGAAAAAUGGUGCUUCCUAAAAACGUCACUUCCGCCUCAAAAAGGAGAACAGUGCAGAAACUGAGCUGCUCUCGUCACAGGGCAAAAGCAAAACCAGCCACAGUCACUCUGACUCACUAUUUUAAGAUGAAGGCCAAAGCAGAUCACUUACAGUCUGGUGGCCUGCCACCAUUUGAAAAGCCAGAGGACAAGAAACCGGUCAAAUCAUCAACAAGCUCUGAUGAAACGGUCCCCCAUGACAAAAAGACGGCCACAUCUCUUAUUCUGUUUGAAGAGGUUGAUGUUAUAUUUGAUGAUGACAUCGGUUUCCUUGCAGCCAUCAAAGCUUUUAUGAGCAUCACUAAAAGACCAGUCAUUCUGACCACAAAUGAUCCCUUAUUCAAGGACAGAUUUGACAGCAGCUUGGAUGAAAUAAUUUUCAAAAUUCCAUCAGCAGUGAAUAUCUGCAGUUACCUGCAGCUGGUGUGUCUGGCUGAGGGCGUCCGGCUGGAUUUGGAUGAUGUUAGGAGCCUCCACAGACUCACGUGUGGUGAUGUCAGACGCUGCCUACUGCAGCUGCAGAUCUGGGUGCAAAGUGGUGGACGGUGGCCCUCUCAGUGUGGGUGUUUACAUAAGAAACCUUUAUGUGUACAGGACUCAAAUGCUGCUGAAGGAGGAGAACAUUUAAGCUCGCUUCUUCCAUACAAAACAGGCUGCUCUGCUAACAUGCUGGGUCUUCAUGGUGUAACUCCAGACUAUUUACUGAAUCUUCUAAAGUCCUGGUCUAAAACGCACAUGAAUGAGCUCUUGAUACUUCUCGCUGAGAGCUGGAGACGAGGCGUGCCGCUUCUCUAUUUCAACCUGGAGUUUCUCCUGUCCGUAGCAGCCCAGGAUACUUCAGUCCACUGCCUGGAAAUGGUGGCUUGUUCCAGUCUACAGAGGCAGCCCUCUGACGCUGCUCUUCACAUCCAGCAGCAAAAUAGAAGCAUUAGUGCAAGGGCUUCACUGACCUACAGCAAAUCUGUAAGCAAUAUGUCAAGGCUUAGCAGAAGGAAAUAUAACACCACAUCAUCUGACAGUUUGACCCUUCGAAAAACAUCAUUUUUAUUCAGUGUUACUCCUCUAAGAGAUUCAAAUUCAAGCAGUAAGGCUCAACAAAUUGGAGCUAAAGAGGAGAGUGAGUGUUUAGACGCCCUGACUGACUUCUUUGACCUCAUAUCCUACCUCGAUGCUAACCUGCUGCCUGCGGGGACACGUGUUUCUGACUCAUGCACACCUGAGGCAUUUGUGUGGACAGGAGCAGAGAUAAAGGACGGUUUGUUGGAUGAGAUGAGGGAGGAAGAGGUCAGCAGUUGGAGUCAGGAGAGGCUGUUGGACAUUCUGGCUGCUGUUGAAGGUUUGGGGUGUCACAGGUGUUUGUGCAGAAUGUCAGAGGUUUGGACUGAAGUGCAAAAACUCAGACAGGCGCUGGAGGACCAAAGAUGGGGGAGGCUGGUGGAGAGACUUGCGUUAACAUCUUCUAAAAGACACAACCUCAGCUUUAGUUUUCAGCCUCUGUGUGAGCCAAGUGGGUCCCAAAGGAGAUACAGACUAAGCAGGACCGUUCUCAGCAGUAAACCUUUCAGGUUGCUGGGGAACAGACGGGCUGUAUGUGUCGACUACAUGCCGGUUCUCCGCGCCAUCUGUCGCUCACAUAAAGCACAGCAACAAAAACAGGAGCCGCUGGGGUGCAUGAACUACCUCAACAGCACUCACCUGGGCCUCUCAAAGUCAGCUAUGCAGCUCCUGGCAGAAGAUUUCACUUAAAGUCCUGAAAGAAUGUUGAACCUGACACCCUCACUACCUCAGCUUACUCCUGUCCUUAUUUUAGUCGAAU